AUGGUCUCUUGUGUUGAAGGUGUACAGUUUGGCAAAUGCAUUGGUUUUUCAGGAAUGAAACCUGCAGCUGACAGUGACAAUAACUAUGUGAUUACAAAGGAUCUCAUCCGUCUGGAUGGAUUUUCGAAAAACGCAGUUGAUCAAGCAACCUUUUACCUGACAAAAUUGAUGGAAGAUGGCCUUUAUUUCAUGAUGGAAUUGGCUACAAGCACUUUGCCAUCACCGAUUACAAAUUUGCAACAAUACUUGGUUCAAUUUGACGAUGUAUUAUAUGUAUUGCUCAUCUUUGAAAAAUAUUGCAAACCCGGACAAUAUGAAGAGUUGCAAGUGUUUGACGGCAGGAACGACCAAGUGCGAGCACCUCUGAGAUCAAUCGAGUGUUGUCACCUCUCCGUGACCCAAAACGCCAAUGCAUUACAGUAUACCCCCGUUAACGUCAACCCCGAUAACGUCAACCGAUUCGCUGGUACCCUUUCAAAUUUAGCAGUUAGAGAUUUUGCCUAUUCUCUACCCCCAGUGGUGGUCAACCCUCGAUAUGGUCAACACUUUUGCUGGUACCCUGAUGGUUGA